AUGAAAGGAUCUGUGCGAAUCAGACUGGCUCGAUUCGGCCGUAAACACGCCCCUGUGUACAACAUUGUAGUUGCCAAGGCCAAGUCCGGGCGAGACAAGCUACCUGUCGAGGUUAUCGGCACAUACAACCCUAUUGCUACACCACUGACUCCCGAACAGAAGGAGCGCGGUGAAAAGCCUGUCAAGGACAUCAAAAUCGAUUUCCACCGGUCGAAAUACUGGAUUGGUGUUGGUGCUCAGCCUACUGAGGUUGUUGCAAGACUGUUCCGUAAGGCAGGUGUCCUUCCUCCACAAUGGCCUGGUCCCAACAGCGGACCAGUUGUCCCCAAGAAGAACGAAAUUCAAGGUGUUAAGGCCAUUACUGAACCCCUUCCCGAACCUCCAGUAAGGUAA